AACCGGAAGUGAUUGAUUUCUUUUUAUUUACGCUUAGGAAAGAUGGCGGACAUGGACGAGUUGUUCGGCAGUGAUGGAGAGAGCGAUCCCGAGCAGAGAGACUCCGGGUCUGGUUCCGGUUCCGGGUCCGAGUCGGAGCAGGAGAGGCCGCGCUCGGUCAGUAACGCCUCCGGCAGCGGGAGCGACAGGGAUCAGGACGACGACGACGACGGAAAACCGAGCAACAAAGAGCUGUUCGGAGACGACAGCGAAGACGAGCGAGGCAGCGACAUUCAAUCAGAACGCUCCGGGAAUGACAACCAAUCGGACGCCAGUGAGCACUCGGAGGCGGAGCAACACAGCGGCUCUGAGGGACAUCACGAGGAGGAAGAUGACGAUGAAGCUCACAGGUCAGAUGCAGGAAGUCCCGCCUCUGGAUUGGGAAGUCCCGCCUCUGGAGCUGGUAGCCCCGUCUCUGGAGCUGGUAGCCCCGUCUCUGGAGCUGGUAGCCCCGCCUCUGGAGCUGGUAGUGCCAUCUCUGGAGCUGGUAGCCCCGCCUCUGGAGCUGGUAGCCCCGUCUCUGGCGCUGGUAGUCCCGCCUCUGGCAGAGGAAGUGUCACUCCGGCAGGUAGUCCCGCCUCUGGGGCAGGUAGUCCCGCCUCUGGGGCAGGUAGUCCCGCCUCUGGGGCAGGUAGUCCCGCUUCUGGGGCAGGAAGUCACCGUUCCGGCAGAGGAAGUGCCACUCCGAUGUCUGAUCACUCGGAAGGAGAGGGCUCGGGCAGAGACGCUCAGUCGGGAGAUGAGAAGUGGGGGGGUGAGGGGGGGAAACACAGCCCACAUUCUGACCAAUCAGAGGACGAGGAGAAGCAGCACCACUCGGACGCAGAGCGAGAACAUUCUGACGAUGAGGUGCAGGAACACAAGUCUGGUUCUCUUAAAGGCAGUGACAGCGAGGACGACUUUAUAGGCAGGAAGAAGAAGAAGAAGGCGGCGUCCGAUUCAGACUCGGACAGUGACGUGGGGGGACAUGGGGGGAAGAAAAAUGCAGCAGACGAUCUGUUCGGGGAAGCAGACGACAUUUCAUCUGACAGCGAUAACGAAAAACCACCCACACCUGGACAACCACUGGACAAUGAGGAGGGGAUGGAAGGAGAGCAGCAGGAGGAGGAACCGCUUCCAGAGACCAGGAUAGAGGUGGAGAUCCCUAAAGUCAGCACAGAUUUGGGAAGUGACCUUUACUUCGUCAAACUGCCCAACUUCCUCAGUGUGGAGCCGAGACCGUUUGAUCCUCAGUACUACGAGGAUGAGUUUGAGGAUGAGGAGAUGUUGGAUGAAGAAGGCAGGACCAGGCUGAAGCUAAAGGUGGAGAACACCAUCAGGUGGCGCAGUCGCCGUGACGACGAGGGGAACGAGAUCCGCGAGAGCAACGCCCGUAUCGUGAAAUGGUCCGACGGGAGCAUGUCCCUACACCUGGGGAAUGAGGUGUUCGAUGUGUAUAAAGCUCCUCUGCAAGGAGACCACAAUCACCUGUUCAUCAGACAGGGCACGGGGCUGCAGGGGCAGGCGGUGUUCAAAACCAAACUCACCUUCAGACCCCACUCCACAGACAGCGCUACUCACAGGAAGAUGACUCUCUCUCUGGCUGAUCGAUGCUCCAAAACUCAGAAGAUCCGGAUUUUACCCAUGGCUGGACGAGAUCCAGAAUCACAGAGAAAUGAGAUGAUAAAGAAAGAGGAGGAGAGGUUGCGGGCGUCUAUCCGGCGUGAGUCUCAGCAGAGGAGGAUGAGGGAGAAGCAGCACCAGCGAGGUCUGAGCGCUGGAUACCUGGAACCUGAUCGCUAUGACGACGAGGAAGAGGGAGAUGAAGCCAUCAGUCUCGCCGCCAUCAAGAGCAAAUACAAAGGAGGAGGACUCAGAGAGGAGAGAGCGAGGAUCUACUCAUCUGACAGUGAUGAAGGCUCCGAUGAGGAUAAAGCACAGCGCCUGAUGAAGGCCAAGAAACUCGACAGUGAUGAGGAAGGAGAGAACUCAGGGAAGAGGAAGGCUGAGGAUGAUGAUGAUAUGUCCACCAAAAAAGCCAAGAAAUAUGUCAUCAGUGAUGAAGAGGAAGAGGAGGAAGACUAGUACUUCAUUUCUACAUGUUCUGUGUUUCAGUGAUGUGUGUGUGUGUGUGUGUGUGUGUGCGCGUGUGUGUGUUUUAUAGAGCUGCUUCAGUGCGAAAUAAACAGUUCACCUCUAGUGA